AGCUCAUGAUUUUCGCUGUUCACGAGCUUCCUCGUGAAACAGGAUUAUCUGUAAUAUAAAAUGAGGACUGCCGCCAGGACUCUAUUUAUCGCUUUAGCCGUUUUGCUCAAUUAUAUUGAAAUCAGUUGGCAGCUCACCUUAACCGACUUGUUUCCUGAAUCAAGAGCUAUCAUCUUUCCUCCUAUCAUUACAUUGCCAUAUAAACCUAAUUUAUUGUUUGACAGUAAUUUACGAAGAAUCAACGGAACAACUAAAUUCGAUGCAACUUAUACUUUAGUAACAAGGGCUAAUUAUGUCAUUGGGUGGAAAUUGUCAGGUAAUGUUGCACAACUAUAUACUCCGGAAGGCAACACUAAUGUUAUAUUUGACAUAAAUAACAACUGCUUUAUACGACUGACCCCUGGAGAACUUUCUGCGUUGGGUGUGGGUGGCAAUUUGAGACUUAUUCGUGCGACUGAUGAAGUCCUUGGUAGUGAUAUAGCAGAUCCUGAAGGAUACCAUGCAGGCGACCUUCAAGCAAAUCGACAAGCACACUUUGAAGCCAAACGCGAAGCAGCCCUUCAAGCAGUCCUUGAAUAUCAUAUUCAGGUCCGUCGACCAAACGAAACCGAUGCAGCAAGAAUUCGAGCCAUCCAAAGAGCAUACAGUUAUACAUAUCAACGAGAAUUCCGUCGAUCAUACCAUACUUAUGCAAGAGAAAACACACAAAAUCACUUCUACAAAUAAAAUACAAAACUCAAAUCAAAUAGGAAUUUUAAGCCAAAGUCGGAUCAAAACCUUGCUGUUAAUUGAAUUUAUAGAUUAAAAAGUAAUUGCGUUAUGGUUAGUGAAUGGUUGCCAACUCUCUAAAACUAAUUCAGUGAAAUCGUACUUGUUAUAACAGCCAGAAGUGUCUUACUGGCAAUCAGUGGGAUUCCAUCACUGUUUAAAUUAGUAAGAUUCCAUCACUGGUUUAAUCAGUGAAGUUCACUGGGUAUUCUGUGAGGUUCCCUGGUUACUCGGUCAUUUGGCACUACACGGGGUCGUUCGUUAACUGAUUAGAUAUGCCACUUAUCAUUCAUAACUUCUGUGCUAACCUUUGAAAACUUAUAUUUAAAAAACGGCACUUUACUCGAAUAACAAUGAAUAAAGGUCAGGCUGCAAUAUAAUACGACCAUAUUGCCCCUUGCUGCAGAAGGCCCAGUGUCGUUUAAAGUCAAACCAAAGUGGCCAGGGGCGUCUCCACUUUCAAGAGAGAGAGAGAGAGAGAGAAACAUGAUAUCACCUGCUUUCCAGAUAACAAAAAUUCGGUUCGAUGCCACCCUAUGCGCCGGCACGCUGUACGAUUAACAGGACCACUUUUUAAGCACAGGAGUAGCUCGGUGUAAGCGCCAUUGCUGCCAAUAUUGCCCGCCCGACCGUCUGGCGACCAAAGUGCCGGCUAUAGACCGGCUAUAUUAAAGCUCCAAAUCCCUCAGAAUGGAUUCCUCUAAUUAUAAAUAUAAUUAUGUUUAAAAAUAUUAUUUUGAGGUGAAUAAAUUUAAAAAAAUAUAUUUUUUAAAAAAGAAAUCGUUUCCGACGAGCAGAGGAGCCGCAUUUUUUAUACGAGCUUCUGUAAGUGUUUCGCACAUCUUUUUCGAUAAUUUUUUACAAGAAUGGUCAGAUUUUUUUGCAACAAAAACUAUUUUCGACCGGUUGUUGAUAAUGUUGAUUUUGUCGAGAUAGCCAUUUUGGGAUUUAGGAGGACCCACAGGGAAUUGUAAGAAAUUAUAGUUGAAUCUGCCGUCAGUAGAGGGCUUUAAGUUUCAAGGUUAUUGAUUCCGACCAUGGCAGUCACAUCGUUUCUCAGCUGUCGUGCGCGUAACGUCCUUCAAGAGCGUUUGCACGCGCGAUUUGCAGAGGGCCACAAUUUGUGCCCCCACAUGGGUCUGUCGCUCAUUUAUACCGACCAAACGACGCUUUAUCGCCGGCACGAAGUCUGCCGCCCAUCGGUCCGGUAAUGUGUGAGGCACGUUUGUUAUCUUGGUUGUUAUAGCCAGGCCCCAAUUUUUUGUUACACAAGCACUGGUUAACUUUAAAGUUCAUUUUCACGUGCGCUCACUGGUGUAUUUAGUAACGUUGUUUCAGCCGAGUCAUUUGUUGGUUGAUCCGGUAAAAAUCAGAAAAUUAGUGGCUCACCUGUAUAAUUCGAAAUACUUAUUGAAUAAGGGACAAUUUCACUGAUUCAGGAUUAAACAUGUCACAAUUUCACUGAUUUAGUUUAAGAGAGAAUCCUUCCAUACUUCUAAUAUUUUAAUCCGACUUCCUUUUAAGGAAAAUACUAUGUAAUGCGAGAAAUAUACUAAACUACACCGUCAUACAGAAAAAAAUAUUUUUUAUAAUCGGAGAGUUGAUCCUCUUCUCACAGUGUUUGGGACCUUAUGGUGGAGUUUCAAUGAAAUGUACAGAAUGUUAUUUUAAUAAAUGCCUUAAGAUCUUCAAAAAAUGGCAUCCCCCUGAAAAAUAUGGAACGCGCCUCAAAUCAUCCUCCAAUGCAAGGCCGUAACAAGAAAAAUUGCAGGGCGGGUACAAACAGAACACACAGGAGGGUUGUAUAAUAUG